GCUUGUGGAUUCGCCGUCGAUCGGAAUCUCGUGUCGCUGUCUUUAACCUAAUCCUUAUGUUCGUUCGCGCCGGGGAUUUAGAAAACCUAAGUUAAAGUGCGAAGCUUUGGGUUGGAAUGAUGCGAUGCAAGAGAUGCAAUGGAAGCAACUUCCAACGCGAAGAAGGCACGGGGAAUUCGUAUUGCGGUGGAUGUGGGACAUUACAAGAGUACGAUAACUAUGAAGCUCAGCUUGGCGGUAUAAACGGACCUCAAGGUACAUAUUUACGAAUAGGCACCGCUGGUUCAGGCUCUGCCCUUGCUUAUAAAGAUAAGAAGAUUUAUGAAGCCAAAAAACUUAUUGACGAAAUCACAGACAGACUGAAUCUGGGGAAUGAAGCUGAAACGAUUAAGAGUAUGAUUAGUAAGAUCACUGAUGGGGAAUUCGGACAAGGUGAGUGGUUUCCGAUUUUGAUUGGGGCGUGUUGUUACGCAUUGGUGAGAAAAGAAGGCAAGGGUGUUUUGCCUAUGGAAGAGAUUGCUAUUGCAGUUGGAUGCGAAUUGCAUCAGUUAGGGAGUGUGAUUAAGCGUGUUGUGGAUCAUUUGGAGUUGGAGUUUCGAGAGUAUGAUCUUGUGGGUUUGUUUAUGACGACAGCGAAUAACUCACCGAGAUUGAGUGGUGUCGAUAGCGAGAAGAAGGAGAAGAUAUCAAAGCAAGGAGCUUUUCUGAUGAAUUGUGCUCUGAAGUGGUUUUUGUCAACUGGGAGGAGACCAAUGCCUUUGGUUGUGGCUGUUUUGGCGUUUGUUGUUCAAGUUAAUGGUGUUAAGGUAAAGAUUGAUGAUUUUGCGAAAGAUGCUCGGGUUUCGUUGACUACCUGUAAAACGCGGUAUAAAGAGUUAUCGGAGAGGCUUGUGAAGGUUGCUGAAGAAGUGGGUUUGCCUUGGGCGAAAGAUGUUACUGUGAAGAAUGUUGUGAAACAUUCAGGGGCUUUGAUUGGUUUAAUGGAAGCCAAGUCCAUGAGAAAGAGAAAACGAGGGACAGGGGAUAAAUUAGUUGGAACUGAUGGAUUUUGUUUAGAAGAUAUAGUGAGGGACUGCCUAAGCAAAAAAUCUGUGUACUGUUAUAAUAAUGAUGAUAAUGAUGAUGAUGAUCACCAAGAUGCUAUGUCUCGGUAUUUUGAUGUAGGAGGCGAACCUCAGCUACGUUUAUGUAGUAACGAUGAUCAUCUAUCAGUGAAACAGUUGCCUACUAUGUCUCGGUGUUCUAGUGUAGGAGGUGAAAAUCAGCUAACUUCAUGUAAUAAUGGUGAUAAAAUAUCAGUGAAACAAUUGUCUACAAUGUAUAAAGAAUUUGUGGAUGGAGUUGGGGGUGGCACUCUUGGGAAAAUAAGUCAGGAAAAGAAAAAUAGUAUGCGUGAAAGGGAAUCAUUUUUUCAGAUGGUUUCGCGUGAAGAUUGGUGGAAAGGGAAAUCGGAAAUGAGUCAAAGGCUUCUGCUCAAGGAAGUGUUGGAGAAAGAUGUAGGGCUUGAUGCUUUUCCUCCUUCUUACAUAAAAGGUUGUGUUGCAGUCAAAAGACGAAGUGAAAAGAUUAAGGCAGCUAAGCUACGGAUUAAUGCCAUAAGGAAUCCUUCUGACAUAGUUAGUGAAGGUGCAGCGUUGUCUUUGGAGCUUGAACACAGCAAGAAGAAAAGGAAGAAAGGAACUGAAAUUGAUUGGGAGGAUUUGAUUAUCCAGACUCUGGUCUUACACAAUGUGAAUGAGGAAGAAAUCGAGAAGGGUCACUACAAAACUUUGCUAGAGUUGCAUGUUUUCAACUCUGGAGAGGUUUGAAUUGAAAUGUUUCUCUUGGGAUUGGAACUUGCGGUGGAGAAAAGAAACUGUACGCGCUGAAUCAUUUUUUCAUUAUUUUUUAAAGUAUAAUUAAAGGAUAUACGAAUGUUUCUGAAUGCAGGAAUUAUCAAAGCAAA